AUGCAUAUGUUAUUUGGCCUCGAGCAUGUGGGUCCAUCAUAUCGCACCAUGUGUGGGAUCCUGAUUGAAUAUGUGUUUGCUCUUGGGGAGAUAGCUCUGGCUGGGGUGGCCUUUCUGGUACGACAAUGGAGAUACCUCCAGGUCAUUUCAGCUGCCCCAGCCCUCCUCUGCCUUCUCUACUUAUGGUGGGUACCAGAAACUAUCCGGUGGUUGUUGACUAAGGGGAAGACCCUGGAGGCAUUGAAAGUUGUGGAGAGAGUAGAACGGAUCAAUGGCGUUUGUAUCUCAGCUGCUGUCAAGAAUAAGGAGGGGGUAGAAGGGACAGACUAUGAUGAGAAGCACCAGAGGAGGGAGAAGAUGACCAAGGGUGAUGGGAGGAUGAGCCUUUGGGUCCUCCUCCACUCUCCCAGCCUCCUCAUUCGUACCAUCAACCUCUGCUAUGCAUGGUCUGAGGGGGUAGAAGGGACAGAGGAUGAUGAGAAGCACCAGAGGAGGGAGAAGAUGACCAAGGGUGAUGGGAGGAUGAGCCUUUGGGUCCUCCUCCACUCUCCCAGCCUCCUCAUUCGUACCAUCAACCUCUGCUAUGCAUGGUUUGUAUGCAGCCUAGACUACUAUGGUCUGUCAAUGAAUGCAGCCCUUCUAGGUGGGGACCUGUUCCUCAAUUUUGCCCUCAUCUCAGCCAUUGAAAUCCCUGCCUACUCUCUAGCAUGGUUG